AUGUCGAAACUCUCAAUUAUUCUCUUGAUUUCCGCUGUUUGUAUCUUUUCGAUCAAUUGUGAAAAUUCAGUCAGUGGUAAGGUUUUUUUUCGGAACUAUGAAUUUUAAAAAACUUUAAAAAUAAAAAAAAUGAUAUUUUUCAGAAGCCAAUUAUUUGGAAGAGUUAACUGACUUUGGAAUUUCUGAAGAAACCGCACAAGGAAUUGUUGAUAUUACAAAGAAAGCCGCCACAAAAUCAACAGAUCCAAAUGAGACCGGAAAAACAAUUUUCGAAUCAAUUUUGAAGGAAACUAACAAUUAUGUGGCAGGACGUUCACCAAGUGAUCAAGAAGCUUAUGCAAAAUUCGUCGCAUCCAAGACAAAUGAAGCCGAAAGCGUUCAAGAAUAA